UCACCCAACUCCUGAUCCACGCACAGGUGUGAAGGCCAUGGAUGUGUUCCAGUUACAAGUGGAAAAUGAUCUUAAGAACCUCAUUAACUCUCCUUCCACAUUCAAACAUAAUCUCAAUAGUAUCCAACGACAGGCACUACAAGAUCUUCUGAAAAAUGAUGCCAUUGAAAUAAGAAAGGCGGACAAAGAUUCACAAACAGCAGACAUUCCAUUGAACCAACUAUCCGGGUGUCUGACAAAUAAUAACAAAAGAAGCCAACAAAAUAUUGAGAAAACAAGACACAAGGAAAAACAAUUGCGCACACAAAGAGAAGCUUCAACAAUUGCCACAACAUCCAAAAGAAUGCGACCAGAGCAAUCUUCCUUUGAAAUGGCAAAGAGAGAAACGGAUACCAAUGUUUUAAAAUUUAAAGUAAGGUCCCUCUCACCCAAAAACAAGGUUGAAAAUGUUCAAACAGCAGACAUUGUUUUGAAACCAACAAACAUUUCUUUGAAAUCUAAAAAAAAUGAAAGUCAACCAAAAAUUGAGAAAACCAAACACAAGGAUAAAGCGUUACGCACACCAAGAGUGUUGGAAGACCCAUUUUCCAAACAACAAAGCCAAGCACGGCCUGCAUCCAGCAAAGAGUCAGAGGAGGAGGCAUUGAACUUGGGUCCAACUCGGAGACGAAAGCGGGCAAAACCAUUCAAUCCGGAUGAGUUGUAAGAAAUUGUUACAUUCGUGGAUUCCAAAGAUUAUCAUGAGGCCCCAAAAGGCUCUAUUCAAAAGCAUAAAUCCAGUGUAAUGCAUGAAUUGAGUAUUCAUUUAUAUAAUAAAUUUGGAACACUGCACAGCUUAAGACAAUGUCAGAAGAGUCUUUCUGACUUGCGAAACCGACAAACAAGCACACUUGGUGCAAUUCGAAAGAAACUUGCUCCAGACACUACAUCCAAUUGAGACAGAAGAUGAUAAUAUUAAUAUUGAAAAAGGAAAGGAGUCUGAUGGUCUUGAAAAAAUGGAGCUGAGAAUUAUCCACUUCAUUGAAGAACGUAUGGACCAGAUGGAAGAACGUUUCACUAAUCUUUUCUAUAAGUUUACUAACGAUGUGUUUAGCCAAUUAGAAAAACUAAGCCCUAAAAAUGAAAGUGGCGCGGAGAAAUGAAGCAUAGUGAACUGAAGCAUAGUGCGAGUUGCAUAACCAUUAAACUGAAGAAUAUGUUUAUUAUCACAGUGUGAGAUUCACCUCACGCUUCCUCCUACACUACAACAAAGAUUGGAGACUGUUUGAUAUUGUGUCUGUUAAACUCUCAUUACCGUGUUAAAUUAUAAAGAUCAAGUGUGGUUGAGGCAAUUUUUGGCUACGGGUAAUUAUUCUUAAUAUUACAUCCCUUUUUUUUUUUUUUUUAGGGGGUUAUUCUCUUUUUUUAAUUGAAAGUCUAAACUUAAAACUAAAAUCUACCUCUGCUCUACCUCCCUCCCUAUGUAUAAAUUAUUCUGGACAGAUAAGUUUAACAGAAAUUUAACAGUCCUCCAACAUGGGUUUUAUUUUUAUUUUUUAUUUUCAAAAAUCUUAAGAGAUGUCUAUUUUUGGCACAUAUUUUUCAAACUUUGUGAGUAACAACUGGAAUGAUGUUUGUAAAGGAACCAAUCUCGGCUCAGCAAAGAAUCUCAGGGAAAUUGUAACCUGAGCUGUGAUUGGUUGUUGUGGAUAAUCACUUCAGUUGUUCUAGCACAAAGGCUAAUGUAUCUGGGCCCUUUUUUUUUUUAGCCUCUCUUUUUUUUGGACUUUCUAAACAAGUACAACCUUUUCCUAGGGUCCACUAUGUAACUUUCUUUUGGUUCUAUUUUUGCCAAAUAAAGGGCAUUUUUUUUUAUAGCUGGAAACCUAACAUACGUAAAUUUUUGAAAUUUUUCCAUACAAAUUUUAAAAAAAUGUUAUUUGGAUUCAGUUAAACAUGCUGAUCCACUAAAUAAAUCCUUAAAGAUGUCUACUGUAAUUGAGCAUUGGGUCUAUUUUGAAACUGGCCAUGUAGAGGAUACCCUUUUCAGUAAUAGGCCAUGUUUUUUUUUGGACUUCUCUUUUUUAUUUGAUUACUAAGUUAAAAAAGAUCACACUUACCCGCUAAAAUAAAAUGUCCUCUUUAGUUUAAAUUUUGUUCCAAACAUAU